CUUUGUGGGCCCCAGGGCAGGCAGCGGGCACUGGAGCAUAUGGACUGGUGGCCCCAGAGGUGAGAUCCGAUGUGCCUGGCACAGCAGGGGCCUGAGCCUGGCAGUGGAUGGCACCGCAAUCCAAGCCCCUCUUCUCCGUAGAUUCCUGCGCUCUCGAUAGGUGCUGCCAGUGCACCCAUCACCAUGGUAUCGGGGCCCCUUCCAGUCAGGCACUGAGCCGCUGUGACCAAUCUCACUCGCUCAGCUCUUAUUCUCUCCUUAGGUGAGCGGAUGGGAUCCUCAGCCUUGUCCUCCCCCUCGGCUAGAGCCCGGCCUGCCUAGGGGGCAGGUCAGGUCAGUCACCCUCCAGGAGGGGGAGAAAUACCCUGCUUUAGAUGACGGGGCUGGGACCUCACCUGACAGGGCUAAGUUGGCUGGGAAAGGGCAGCACGGGGUGUGGUGGGGGGCAGGGGUAUUUGCAGGGGAUGCAUCUCUCUCUGUAGGGGUUCUCCAAGGCGGGGUGAUGCCCUGCCUCCUGUACAAGGGGAGUGUCAUGGCUGGAUUCAGGGUUUGCAGCUGGGUUCCGGGCUGCAGAUGAGGGGUCAGAGGUGCCCCCCCAUUCCCACCCCCGCCAGUUGGCAGUGUUUCAGAGCAUGGCAUGCUGGGAAGAGGGGCGGAAGUGAGCCAGGAACUGAGGAGGGAAGUGGCUGCCUUCCAGACAUUCAAGACAGGGUGGGUCGCAGAGCCACUCGCUCCCCAGGGACACGCUGCCUUGGGAGAGAGCCCACAAAGCGUAGAGUCUCUUGGUUUUGAUACGUACGGCUUUUCACUCCCAACCCUGCUGUGUUUAAACGGGGAAGCCCAGCCCCUGCCUGUGGUUACCUACACAAGUGCUUCUGGGGGGAAGCGGGUGCUGUGUAACGGUGCACAGCCACAGCUUAGGGGGUGGGUGGUGAGGAGAUCUCUGCCCAAUAGGGUCUAGGGAGGAAGAAUGUCCCAGAGAAAGACGGACCUGCUCCCUGUCUUCCCCACAGUGACCUGCACCCGAAGCUGCUGGGGCGGGGGGGAUGUUUCCGUCUGUCGGGGUGCUGUUCAGUCUCCCGGAGGUUCAGAGGCUGCCUAGGGCCCUUGGGUUCAGACCCUUAUGACCAGAGGCUGCAGACCUUGGCCCAGCUGGAGGAGAAGGACUUUCAGCGGGCUCCUGCCCCAGCUAGCUGAUUCAGAGAGAGGGAAUCUGAGCAAGACAGGAUUCAGGAUUCAGCCAGAUCGAUGAGAGGGAGUUAUGAGGGGUGGAGAACCAGGCUCUGAGAUGGCUGCCCGUUCACAUGCUAGUCCAGACCAAGCUUACAGGGAGAGCUGCAGAUCCUGGCCACGCUGGGACCUGUCAGGGCAGCAGAGGCCUGGGCCCGGACAGCAAACAGCUGGUGGUUUGGUGCUGCAGACAGUGUUGGGUUGCGAGGCUGGAAAUGCCAGAAAUGCCGGGACCCCAAGAAGAUUUGGAAAGAGGCAAGCGCUGUCCAUGGGCCCCCACGGAGCCCCCAGCAUCAGAGGGGCCCGGCACAGCCACUUGUUACAGGCCAGGCCUCUUGCUUGUCUGGCUGCGCUAGCAGGCAUGACAUCCUGUUACAAGCCACAUGGGUCACGUGGGCCUGCAGGGGGAUUUCCUCACCUUGGGGCUGGAUGUUCUUAGCGGAGGGUAGGUGCCAGAUUAGCAGCUCUAGAAACUGGCAGCCUCUAAGCCCAGAGCAGGACCCGUGGCAGGAUGAGCCCACACCUGGGGGGAUGGAACAGUUUGUAUAGUAGGGGCUGAGAGCCAGUAAACCAAACUGUAAACCCUGUGUAGAAUGGAAACCUCUUCAAAGCAGGGGGUGCGGCCACACCCCGGCAUCCUGACUUGCAGCACCUGUGCCCAUGCCCUGUACCCAUUGCCGCUGUGCAUCCCUUGCCCUGGGGUCUCGAGGUCUCUGCCCUCACCACAGGUGCAGCCCAGGUCAUGGCAGGAUGAGCUGCUGAUUUUAGGAAGGGCCCCAGGUAAUAAAUCUGAGAUUGCGCCCGGAGGCUGGAAUGGGGGAACCCUCUGUCACAGAGUCCCCGGGUGAUGCUCUGGAACUGCUCCCUCUGAAGCCAGGCAGGACUCUGGGGAAGCCUCCUCUCUGGGAGCAGCCUGUCUGUAGGACCCACAGCUCCCCCGGCUUCCCCCUUCCUGGGUCUGACCUUGGAGCAUCCAGCAUCCUCUGCCCCUCCGGGUGCUUCCCACAGUGAGUCUGCCCAGGCGGGGUCUGGGCGGGGCCAGAGGGUCCUGCCCCCCAACUCCGCAGUCAGACGUGACUCUCAGCCAGCCAGUAAAACAGAAGGUUUAUUAGACGACAGGAACAUGGUCUAAGAGAGAGCUUGUAGGUGCAGAGAACAGGACUCCUCAGCCGGGUCCGUCUUGGGGAGCAGGGAGGCCAGAUCCCCAUCAGGGCCUCCCUCCAUUUCCCCAGCCAGCUCCAAACUGAAACUCUGCAGCCCCUCCUCUAGCCUUUGUCUCUUUCCCGGGCCAGGAGGCCACCUGAUCUCUUUGUUCUCGAACCCCUUGGUUGGCACAUUUGCAGAGGAGGGGCCCAGGCCAUGAGCUGCCAGAAGACAGGGUGUCGGCCAAUCUCUGGGCAGACAGCAUCCCACUGGCCUCUAGGGCUCUGCAACAAUCACACCCCCUGAUCCCACCACCUAGAGACUUAAGAAGUGCCUAGGGGAAACUGAGGCACCCACACAGUAGUUGGAGAAAACAUUAAGAAUAUUCCCACUUUGUCACACUGUCCUUCCUGUGUCCUGGGGCACAAAGAGGGGGUGGCUGUCCAGACUGGGACGGGGGUGGGGGGCAUCUGACCCAAGCUGGUCAAGAGCCCAUAGGUCACAAUAGCGGUAUUGCAUCAGCUGGAAGAUCCACCCAGAGCAGGAGACAGCCCCGAGCAUUGCAUGCUGGGAUACUAGUCUCCCUAGAGCAGGUGACUGGUGUGAUCAAGAUGGGCAGCAGCAGGGCGCUGCUGAGGGGGGAGCUGAGAACCCAUCACAGCCUGGGGCUGGGGCUGGGGCUGCUCUGCUGGCAGGCGGACGAGAUGGCUGCAGGGAUGGAGCGAAGGACGUUGGGAGAGUUCAGCUGGGAGCCAGGACCAGACUUUGGGACGCCACAGAAAUAUGACCCAACAUUCAAAGGUCCCAUUCAUGACAGGGGCUGCACUGACAUCAUCUGCUGUAUCCUCCUCCUCAUUGCCAUCCUUGGCUAUGUCAUUGUGGGAGUCGUAGCGUGGACACAUGGUGACCCCCGGAAGGUGAUUUACCCCACAGACAGUCGCGGGCAGUUCUGUGGCCAGCUGGGAACUCCCAAUGAGAACAAGCCUUUCCUGUUUUACUUCAACAUCAUGAAGUGUGCCAGCCCCUUGGUACUGCUGGAGUUCCAUUGUCCGACCAAACAGAUUUGUGUGAAUAAGUGCCCAGACCGGUAUCUCACGUACCUGAAAGUCAGGACACAGCUCACCAAAGACUUUGAAUACUACAAGCAGUUCUGCGACCCAGGAUUUAACGAUCAGCAGAAGAGUGUCCCAGAAGUGCUGAGGGAUGGAGACUGUCCGGCCAUGAUCACUCCCAGCAAACCUUUGGCACGCAGGUGUUUACCAGCAAUCAACACCAAGAAAGGUGUCAUCAUGGUUGGGAAUGAGACGACCUUUGAUGAUGGACGGGGACAAACAAAAAGGAACGUGACAGAGCUGUUGGAGGGGGCCAAAAAAGCAAAUGUGGUUCUGGAAGCAAGACAACUGGCCAUGAAGAUCUUUGAAGAUUACACAGUUUCCUGGUACUGGAUAAUAAUAGGUCUAGUGAUUGCCUUGGUGAUCAGCUUCAUCUUCAUUGUCCUGCUUCGCUUCCUUGCUGGGAUCAUGAUCUGGGUUAUGAUUGUUCUGGUGAUCUUGGUGCUCGGAUAUGGAAUCUUCCACUGUUACAUGGAAUACGCCCGACUAAAAGGAGAAGCAGGCUCUGAUGUCUCCCUGAAGGACCUAGGAUUCCAGACUGAUCUGCGUGUCUAUCUCCACCUGAAGCAAACGUGGUUGGCCUUCAUGAUUAUCCUGUGCAUCAUAGAGGUGAUCAUCAUCCUGUUACUCAUCUUCCUCCGCAAGAGGAUCCUCAUUGCCAUAGCGCUCAUCAAGGAAGCCAGCAGGGCUGUUGGUCAUAUCAUGAUGUCGCUGGUGUUUCCUCUGUGCACCUUCUUCCUGGUGUGUCUCUGCAUUGCUUACUGGGCCAGCACUGCUGUUUUCUUAUCUACUUCUAAUGAGGCUGUCUACAAGGUGUUUAAUGAGUCUAACUGUGAUUACGCUGGGCAGACCUGCGUUCCAGAGACAUUCAAUAUGACCAACAUCACCAAGCAGUGCCCAGAUGCCCGCUGCCUCUUUGCUUUCUAUGGGGGUGAGACAGCCUACCACAAAUACCUCAUCGUCUUCCAGAUCUAUAAUGCCUUUAUGUUCUUCUGGCUGGCCAACUUUGUGAUUGCGCUGGGCCAGGUCACACUAGCCGGAGCCUUUGCUUCCUACUAUUGGGCAUUCAAGAAACCUGAUGACAUGCCGGCUUUCCCCCUCUUCUCUUCCUUCGGCCGGGCACUCAGGUAUCACACUGGCUCAUUGGCCUUUGGGUCUCUGAUUCUUGCCAUUGUCCAGAUCAUCAGGGUCCUUCUGGAGUAUCUGGAUCACAGGCUGAAAGCUGCUGAGAAUAAGUUUGCCAAGUUCCUGCUGACCUGUCUCAAAUGCUGCUUCUGGUGCCUGGAAAAAUUUAUCAAGUUCCUGAACAGGAAUGCAUACAUCAUGAUUGCCAUCUAUGGCACCAACUUCUGCACUUCGGCCAAGAAUGCGUUCUUCCUGCUCAUGAGGAACAUUAUCAGGGUGGCUGUUUUAGAUAAAGUCACAGAUUUUCUGCUCUUCCUUGGUAAACUCCUCAUCGUGGGAAGUGUUGGAAUCCUCGCCUUUUUCUUCUUCACUCAGCGAAUAAAACUGGUUCAGGACACUGCACCUCCUCUCAAUUACUAUUGGGUCCCUAUUCUGACUGUGAUCGUGGGCUCCUAUCUCAUUGCACAUGGAUUCUUCAGCGUCUAUGCCAUGUGUGUGGAUACCCUCUUCCUCUGCUUCUGUGAAGACCUGGAGAGGAAUGAUGGAUCUCCUGAGCGACCUUACUACAUGUCCCCAGAGCUGAGUGAAAUCCUGCUGAAGGGGAGCCUAGAAUCAUCCAAAAGUGCUGAUAGCCAAGGAUAGGGCUCAACUUUUGAACAGGGAGGGCUAGCACAUUGGAAGACCUGGAGCGUAACGAUGGUUCAUCCGAAAAGCCUUACUUCAUGUCAUCUGACCUGAAAAAACUUCUGAACAAGACAAACAAAGGUCACUCGGAUGCAUAGCAGCCUCCUCUUUACUCACUGCCCUCUUCACUUCUAUUUGUCCCUUCCCAGUUUCCAUUUCAGGAGCAAAGCUGCAUGGAUAAUGUACAGCAUUAAGUGCUAUUAGUCCAAUAUACAAACCUUAUUAGUACUUUGUGAACUGCAGUAUCCUUUACUCAAAUUAAGAUGGACGGCUUUGGCUGUCAGCCUGUGCAUUGGCCACAAGCUUAUCCAGAGCAGUGGAAAUUGUUUCUGGAGAGCAUUUUGCAGGAUUUUCCUUCCUCAGAUAGAGAGGAGGGAUUAGUGUCAAUAGUUCUACUCAAGAUUGUUAGGCAUUGCUAAGUAAAAAUUGAGCCCGCUGCCCUAGUGGACAGGUAUCCACUACUGCAGAACCCAGCGCUACUGGGAGCUUGUUGCUCUCAGGAGAGAAUCGAAGAAAUGAAUUGGUCAGUUUACAGCUGAGGCCCACUGAUGUAAGGUUAACUUGCCCUGCCUUUGUCCAUCUCCAUCUAUUCCAGAGACUGAAUUCAGUCUACAGGAUUGUAAAGCCAGCACCAAUCAGAUUCACAGACACAGAAUUUUAAAAUAAAACUACUAAAUCUGUCACACCAGUAAAGCUAAAUCAUUACCUCUUCCAUUAACUCGCUAGAACAUCACUAACAUACUUGACUGCAUGCAGAUACUACCAUGUUGGACACAUUAAAUACCUUAAUUGAUUGAGGAUCGCACUUAUUAAUGCCUUGUCUUCAUGGAUGAUGGCAGGGACAGAAGAGAAACCUGCAAUGUUAAUCAAGCUGUAGAACUUGAACAGCAGAGGAAAUGCAAAAUACUCAGAUAAGCACUGGUAGGGAAUGUGCAUGUCUGGAUAGUCAUUAGUAUUACUGAUGAAAGCUCUGUUAUUUGUUUUGUCUCUUCAGUGAGAUUGACAGUCCAGGAGUAUGCUGCUUCUGUACCUUUAACAUGUUUUGGUUUAUUGGAAAAAUCCAGCAUUAUAUGCAAAAACCCAUUUGAAUGCAUGGGAAAGAAAGGAUGCUCAUUGUUGCUUUAUAUAUGUGUGGUGAAACAAACCAAAGGGUCAAACAAACAAACUUGCCUCACAGUUUUGAAAGCCACUGUGUUCUGUGAACUCCAGCAUCUGAUGGGGGAGCCUGCUGGGAAAUUCCAGUCCAAGGGCAGCUUCCACCUAGAGAAACACCAGCAAUGUGUGUGAGAGAAAAAGCGAGACUAGAAUGCCACUGAACAUUAGAAAGCCCAGUGUUCCAAAUUAAGUUAUCAGGUAUGUUAAGAAUCACUGUAGUUUCCUUUAAAUGGUCAUCUCUCUGGCUGUGCCCGAUGUUGGCAAAACUGAUAAUGUACCACAGGUGCAACUCUGCCUCUGGUAGCAACAGUAGAAGCUGCAGAGUAGACAGGACUCAGUUUUUUACCAGUGAGCAGGUUUGGUCAGGAUGGUGGGGAAAAAGGACAGGUCUCAGGCUGCACUAGAGUAUCCACCGUUGCUACCGCUACUUAUGAGCUACUCUAUUUUCACUAACGUAGAUGGGGCCCUCUUGCGGAUAGGAAAGGUGGUCAACCUCAUGACUUCAUUUAUUAUUUUUAAUCUGCUUAAACAAAUUGAAAUGGGGCUAUUUGGCUGGUUUACAGCUUCCAAAUGAUGCAGGAACACAGAGGUGUAAAGAGGCAUUGUGAGGUUAUCUGGACUCUUUAUUUUUUUAAACAAAAAGGAACUCUUUAUUCCAAAUAUUUUAAUUUGGCCAGUUAAUUUGUAGCAUUUAAUUUGUGCUAAAGGUUAUAUUUUACUUUUUUUAUACCUAUUUCUAGUAACCUUUUGAGCCUGUAGUAUUUUUGUAAGAUAUGAGAAUUGUUUUAUAUCUGAAAUAUUAAAGGGUUUGUUGGUUUUGUA